GCCAGUGGAAAACCAUUAACUACAAUUCUCCGUCGUCCGGGUCGAAGCACCCUUCUCUUCCGACCAAAACCUCCCCUCUCCAUCCGACCAAAGCACCCUUCUCUUCCGACCUCCGGAGCCACUUUCUUCCUCUCAGCUCACCUUUUUCAUUUAAUACGCUACCUAUCCGAAGCCGGUGCUACAGCUGCUCCGUCAGCGCGGAGUCCCGCCGCCAUUCCCACCCUGCAGUUGUGCUGCUCUAACCCUAAAAUUUCCUUCAAGAAAGUAGAAACCCGUAAUUGCUUCCGAUUGACCAACGGGGUCAUCGUGGUAGCUCUUCAAACUUUCACCGGCCGGUCCAGCAAUCAAUCAGCUUAAUUUUAUCGUCGCCGAUCUUGUUAUCAACAGGUCAUUGAGAUUUUUUGCUCCAAGUGAGUCAAAUUGAGCUGCAAACUUCAGUUUUCCCUUAUUUACCUUUCCUUGGAUUCAACAGGUGGCGUAUCAGAAGGUAUUUGCAAGUUCCUAAGGCACUAAAGUUCUGUAUUUUGGUCAGUGUUCAUCGUAAUUCCUCAAAAUUUGGCUGCUUUUCGUUUUGUUCCUAAAUGUGCGAUUCCAGUUUUUUUCCUUAGGGAGUUGAUUUUGAGUGUCUUACCCGUUAUUGCUUCCAUGUGAUUAGGUGCCUAGCAAUCAGCUGCUAAUUCAGUCUUGCGGUUACUGACGACUUGUCUCCACAUUGGUGACUUAUGGGUCCUCUGGCUGAUAACUCUGCCGAUGGUUCAGUGACAAACAUGGAGCAGUUUCUUUGCGAACGUUUAGUUGACCCCUCCCAGCCAAUAUCUGAAAGGUUCAGGGUCCUCUUUUCGCUUCGCAACCUCAAAGGUCCAGGACCUCGGGCUGCUCUUAUUCAAGCUACAAGGGACUCCUCAAAUCUGUUGGCACACGAGGCUGCAUUUGCAUUAGGCCAAAUGCAAGACUCUGAGGCUAUCCCGGCUCUGGAAGCAGUUCUAAAUGAUCUCUCUUUGCACCCAAUUGUUCGCCAUGAGGCUGCAGAAGCCCUUGGUGCAAUUGGUUUGGAGAGUAAUAUACCACUUCUAAAGAGAAGUUUGGCCUUAGAUCCAGCUCAGGAGGUAAGAGAAACUUGUGAACUAGCUCUCCACAGAAUUCAAGAGAUGAAUGCUACAAAUGGUGCUGAUCAAUCAGCUGUAAUGGAGAAGUCGCCCUUUUUGUCAGUUGAUCCAGCUGCACCAGCUUCCUCUUGUUCUUCUGUCAAUGAGCUCAGGGAAGUUCUUCUCGAUGAAGAAAAAGCCAUGUAUGAACGAUAUGGCGCUCUUUUCGCACUACGUAACCAUGGUGGGGAUGAAGCCAUUUCUGCUAUAAUAGAUUCAUUGCAGUCAAAGAGUGCCCUGCUUAAGCACGAGGUUGCUUAUGUUUUGGGCCAGUUACAGAACAAAGCUACUUCAGCCGCACUUAGCUCUGUACUGAGGGAUGAACACGAACAUCCAAUGGUCAGACACGAGGCUGCUGAAGCUCUUGGUUCUAUUGCUGAUGAUAAAAGCAUCCAACUUCUGGAGGAAUUCUCAAAGGACCCCGAGCCUAUAGUCUCACAGAGCUGUGAAGUUGCCCUAAGCAUGCUAGAAUAUGAAAGAUCCGGGAAAUCGUUCGAGUACCUUUUCAUGCGAGAUCCACUAGCACAGGCGUAAACUAGCCGUGCGUGUUCCUGCAAAUUUACAGAGCUGCUCAACCUCAAAGAGUUAUUAGUCCUUGAAUGAAGCAGUCGAGGAUUAGGUGUUGCUUUAAGUUUGAUAUGAACAGUCAAUAUCAUAAACAUAUUAACUUUACAUAUUUAAAGCUUAAACAGUCUAAUACUAGCUAGAAUUGGAAAAACCGAGAUCGGCAAAGACCAUUUUAGUUUCUUCUGUUUGUUCGUAUCGCUCUACCCUUGAUAUCAACUAUAUGAGAUUUUUGUCUGGAUGGAUGAGCUUUUCCACGUGGUGGAUGAGUGGCUGAUUGCGUACACAUUGUGUCGAUAAUGAUAAAAGACCAAUGACUGAAUUUCUGGAACUAUAUAUGGAAGUGAGAAAACCCAACAUUAUUUAACUCCAAACGUGUAAUGGAGCAUUGUGUUCUCAGAAACAAUGAGAACAAGAACGAAUAUAAUCACGAUUAGAAC